GUUCCCGGCUCCGCACGGACCCGGCUCUUCCCCUUUAUUCAGCGCUGCCCCGCAGGAGACGGACUCGCCCCCCGCUGCAUCCGCUCUGGGGACGGGGAGGAGAAGAGUUAACAGUGCAGCUGUAAGAUGAAACCUCCAUCUGGGCAAGGCAUAAGGUUGGCAUACCUUCUCCUGAGUCUGGCUCCCCUCUGCCUUCCCAGCCCUCUCUGGAAGGACCGCGAUUUCCUGAUGCAGGAGGAGAAAGCCCAAAGGACAGGUGGCAACUUGGUGCUGAGUAGGCAGGAGCAGCAGCUCAGCACAAAGCUCGUCAACCUCAAGAAGAAGGAAGUGGAAGCAGCCAUGAGUACAGGACAGUUUCCUCCAAGCAUGCACUUCUUCCGGGCAAAGAGCCUCAUUGAUCAGAGCGCGGUGUUCAGCAUCUUAAAGCGCAUGCCGAAAGGUGCUGUGCUCCACCUGCACGACUUGGCCAUGCUGAGCGUGGGCUGGCUGGUGUACAAUGCCUCCUACCUGCCUGACUGCUACAUCUGCUUCACCAACACGGGCUCCGUCCGAUUCCGCUUCUCCCGGCCGCGCCCUCCGCACCCGCUGCCAGCCCAGUGCUCCCAGUGGCUUCUGCUGGGCUCCUACCGGGAGCAGCUCAGCGACGUGGCCGAGUUUGACAGAGGCUUGCUGAGAAACCUGACCCUGGUGACAGAUGCCCCUGAGCUGGCCUACCCCUCUCAGGCUUUCAUUUGGAAAAGAUUUGAAGAAAUCUUUCUCAUUGCCUCUGGACUUAUCUGCUAUGCACCUGUGUUCAAGGCCUAUUUCUACCAGGGGCUGCUGGAGCUCUAUGAAGAUAACAUACAGUAUGUUGAGAUAAGAGCUAUCCUGCCUGCGGUGUACGAACUGGAUGGCACCCAGCACAAUAAAUCAUGGUCUGUGGCAACCUACCGGGAAGUGACCAGGCAGUUCGUGAAGGAGCACCCAGACUUUGUUGGAGCCAAGAUUAUAUUUGCAGCGCACAGGAUGCUGAAUGUUUCCCAGAUUAAAGAAGCCAUCCUCACUGCCAUGGCACUCAGAGCCCGCUUCCCAGACACCCUGGCAGGCUUCGACCUGGUUGGUGAUGAGGACGAAGGUCAUUCUUUAUGGGACCUGAAGGAUGCCCUGACCAUCCCAUAUUCCAUGGGGGUCAACUUGCCAUACUUCUUCCAUGCUGGGGAGACUGACUGGCAGGGCACCUCUGUAGACAAUAAUGUGCUGGAUGCAUUGCUACUGAAUACCAGCAGGAUUGGCCAUGGACUCGCUCUCAUUAAACACCCAAUAGCCAAAAGUUUGUCUCUGAAGAGGGAUAUUCCUGUAGAGGUCUGUCCCAUCUCCAACCAGGUCCUGCUGUUGGUGGCUGACUUGAGGAGUCACCCUGCAGCUGACCUCAUGGCUGAGGGGCACCCCAUUGUGAUCAGCCCCGAUGAUCCCUCCGUCUUUGGGGCAAAGGGAGUCUCCUAUGACUUCUACGAGGUGUUCAUGGCCAUCGGAGGGAUGAACGCCGACCUGAGGACCCUAAAACAGCUUGCACUCAACUCCAUAAAAUACAGUGCCAUGCCACUGGAUGAGAAAGCCAAGGCCAAAGAGGUCUGGCAGAAAAAAUGGGACCAAUUUGUGGCUGACCUCUCUGAUAGCUUUCUAAGGGAGCUGUAGAGAGGACAAGGCUCAUCUCAGAAGGCAUUUGGCAAGCUAGAGCAAGCCAGACUGAUUGCUAAGAGGGAGACUUGCUUCUUCCACGUGACCUGAGCAGAUGAAUGGACGUCAAAGUCUCACCUGGCAGUGGGCGACUCUGCUAAGCCAGGCUUAAUGGGCUUAAAGCUAAGAAGGAGCUGCACUAUCCUCUGAAACUCAUGGGCUGGAGAUAAAAGGGAGCAGUGAGCCUUUAGAGCAACUACAAGAAAUCGCCCUGCUCAAAAGAGUCAAAACAAUUAAAAAUUGCCAAUGACCAAAUCCUGACGUGCUUAUUCAGGAAAAACACGCUUUCCAAUUAGAGUCAGCAGGAGAUUGCCAACAUGAGGAUCUCUGAAUUUUGCCUUAUCAUUACAAAAUGCAGACCUUGUCCGGAAACAGCUAAGACAAACAUCCAACCAUUUGGGCCACUGACCUUCAAGAGAGCAAGGACUGAAAAUGACUCUUGUUAUGUUUAACCCUGGGCCUGCCGCCAAAAUAGCACGGCUAGGUCGAAGAACCAGUCAUAGGUCUGAUGUCUGCUAUUUCAGGACCUACCAUGGCUGGAAACAAGCUGGUGGAACUUGCUCCCAGAACAUUUAAGCCUGGUUGCACAGUGAUCAUAAAGCCAGAAGAGAGGUGCCUCAGUUGCCAGCAUUUUUUUUUUUUUACUGCAAAGUAUUUUCCUGUCCUCUGGUCAAAAGGAAGACAAAACACAUUUCAGGUUAAGUCAAAAACAUCCUGGCUUCCCAGACCCAGCUUGAUUAAAACUGUCCCCCUGCACAAGGCUGUGUUAACACAGACAUUUAUAGGAAACAUCUUUUGGUUUCAGGGAGUUCCACUGCUUUGUUACUGAACUCAUCGUGCAAAUGUGGCUUUUUUCAGCCUGUCAGAGAGAUUUUCACCUUGGUAGAGAACUGCUGUGGAUAUCCACAGGGCUCAUUUGGAUCUCUGUAGCUCUGUGGUUUCCAGCUCCUUAGCAAAAAAGACAACCUACACAAGAAAUAGUUUCUUGACAAGCUGAUUCGCUGUCUUAACAUCAUCAAAAAUACCAGGAGGAGAACUAGUUGCAGGGAGACUAAAAAAAAAAAAAUAAUAAAAUUUUAAUCUAAGGUUGCUAAAUAAAUUUAGAAAAAUCCUUCAGCACACACAUGCCAAGCAUGCAGCCAGGAUCAAAAAGCAUCUUUCCCUGACUUCAGUACAAUCAUGCUGGUUUGCAUCAGUCAAGGGAGAAUUGACAAAAGUUCCUACCUAAAGUCAUCUCCCUCCUCUGAACCACAGACUUGCAAAGGCUGUUGUUUCCUAAUCUCUCCAGCCCAAAUGGCUCUCUUUAUGCUCUCUGUUAAUUGUCUCAAGCUGCCUGGCCAUAGUGUUUAUUUCCACUGACCUUGGUUGGAACACCUUAGCAGGAGGCAAGCGCACUUAUUACAGAAGUGGAUCAAGCUGUGCAGCCUGUGUGCCCUGCGUUAAAUUACCCACAGUUCACAGGCUUCAUCUCAAGAAAACAAAAACCAACCAAACCCACUACAAAACCCCAUCACAGAACACAAAUAAAACCACAACAAACUGCAGGUGUGUGCAUUGCAGAAGGCAGCAACACAAACCACAGAAAUGGAAAAGCGAGAGCCCAGUCACACAACAUCUUCCUCUGAAGCACCCUGGUGCUUUUUUUUGCCUUGAUUUGGUCUUGGGAAGGAGUUUUAUCCUGGAGGAAUAGCCAGAGCAGAGCCACCCUCCCUCCUCCUGCAUGGGUGGUGCAUGCAGAGCUCAGACUAAAGUCCCCAGGGUAGGUUUUGGUCACGGCCAGGUACUAAAUGCUGACUUGGGAAGUGCCUUACUUGUAAUGAGUUGAGGAGAACCAUUGCAAACAAGCAGAAUGGCUGCUAACCAGUGACCCAAAGCCCUGUCUCUCUCAGCAACCUGAUCUUUCAGCUUUGCUAUAUGUAGAUGGAUGAAGACCUUUAUUUGCCAUGAGUUGAUUCUCCCUUAAAUAAGCCUCUUUGCUGCCAAGGUGAAGCUAAUCAUUACAGAGCCACUGUGGGAGGAGCUGAGCUCAGGUUGACCCGUGCCCCUUUCUUUUCCACCACAGCAGAAAGCUUUCAGCUCUUCCUGCACGUGGUCUCUUGAGGUCCUGAACCACUUUUUGGUCACCUGUAGUCCUCCUUUCUCUUCAUUACCUGCAGUAAUUGCAGGGCUAGGUCUUGCAUUUACCAAGUGCUUGCUGGAACCAGUUUACCUGUUGUGUCCAGCUUGUUCUUGCUUUCCUAGGAAAAGCCUGCCGUGCACAUGGCCAUUUACUUAUUUCACAACUGUCCUGUGAUGGUUCCAAGUGCCUGGAGCCACCAGUGCCUGAUGCUGUCCAGGAUUACAGCAGAGUCAGGUCUGAUGCAGAAAUCACAAGGGUUUAAAAUGGCACAGGUCUGAUGCAGCCCCCAAAAAGGUGAACCUUGACUCUACAGGACUGUGUGUGCAUUUGGAACUAGCUUAGUGGCUCCGCUUCUGAUGGAAGUGUCCACCUUAGGGGUGGGCAGAGGGCAGAAAUUCUUCCAUCCUGAUCAUCUCUGUGGGUUUAAAUGUGAACCUGAACCACACAGAGGGGCCUGACUCCAAAGGUAUGGCCUUCCUUGGAUCCCUCCUUGCACAGGGCAUUGCCAUGUGUGGUGCCUGGGGCUUCCCAAAAGUCCUCUGGCAUAUUUAGGGCCUUAGUGAGUGUGACAGAGGGAAGGACAGCCUGCGCUACUGCUGGGGAUCUGCUCUUCCUUGUGGCAUGCUUUAGUUGGGAGAAAGGUACAAACUGAGAAGCCCAGGCUGCAUCCUCACCUCUCCAACUCCAGGUGUGCAAAAAAGGAGGAAUUUAGGCUGGACCACAGCAGUUAUAAAAGAUUUCAUUCAGCUCCAUUCAAGCUUUGGGUAAAUUUGGCUGCAGGGCUUCACUGAGACUUGGCUUUUAGCAGCAAUAUUCCAAGGGUUUUGCUGCCAGUCUAUUCCCUUUUCCCCAGUACCUUGGCUCCCUGCUCACAUUUAUUGGCAAAUACACCACAUAUUAUGCUCUCUUGCUUGUCUCUUUCAGAACAUAGUCUAUAAUUAAUUUUUUUAGACCUGUCUUAAUUGUGGGGGUUAUUUUUUCUUUUUUUUUUUUUUUUCCUUUUUUUUUGGCUCCCUGUUAAAAAGAGCAGGAGAUGCCUGGAUUUGAUGGGAAGUUUUAAUCUGGAGCAUGCAGUGGAGGGGGAUGUCUCACAUCACUCAGCCUGGAGUGAUCAGGGAGUCUGGAAUGCCUUCCCAGCAAAGGGCAGCCUGAUCUGUGGAGCUAACACAGUGUUGAGUGCCCUGUUCCCACUUCUCCAAGCCCCAGAGGAGCUGCAUCCAGCUCAGGGCCGUGUGUGGAUCCACAGAGCACCUGACAGGAUUAGCUUGUGCUGCCUCUCCUCCCACUACAGCCCUGUACCAUCUCAGUGAUGGCCUGCUUCAGUCUCCAUCCAGACUCAGGAGCAAGGAAGGAGAGUAGAAAAUUCAUGGAAGUUGCAAUUAGGGUUAUUUCAAACAGUCAUAAUGCCUUGGGUGGCAAUGCAAGAUGGAACCAGAAGGAUGUGUUCUAUCACCAGCUGUUAAAACCAGCUGGGGCACUGUUCUUUAUCUCUCCCACCACCCAUCCUCCCUCCAAGGGGAAAUCUGCUGUUCAUGGGCCAUUGAGUCUCACUGCAGGACUGAUAAAAUUCCAUCAUCCAUUGGGAGAUGCUCCACCCAGGGGCA